GUUAGGGGAGUGACGUGAACGGAAGCUGGGAGCCGGCUGAGUGAGGCCUGGGUACUGAGAGCCUAAGCCAGAAGUGUCAGGGACCUGUUCGUGUCCAGAGCGAGCAGGCCUGCACCGAGGAGGAUCGCGUGUGCAGACCUGGGGUCAGAACUCACGGCGGGCUUCGGGGAAGGCCUCACUGGUCACCCAGACCUGCUCACCUGUGGAGCAGAACAAAAAGCCCUAGACAGUGGAGAGGGAGGAGGAGGAGGAGGAGGCCGUAGCUAAGGAUCCAGGGCCACAAGCUUCAUUGUUACCAAAAGAGAAAGUCAAAGAAGAGAAACAGAAAUGGAUGAUUUUCCAGGAAACAUGUGUCAGCGUCUGUUGACAUUCGGGGAUGUGGCUGUGGACUUCCCUCAGGAGGAGUGGGAGUGCCUGGACUCUGCUCAGAGGGCUCUGUACAUUGAUGUGAUGUUGGAGAAUUACAGCAACCUGGUCUCUGUCGAGAACUACUGCAUAUGUGAUACUGUUCAUCAACAUGUGAAGACUGAAAAGGAGUCUUGUCAGCAAAAUAAGCUUGGUGAAAUGCUUCAUGAUUCCUCCCCUGAUGCACUUAAUAAAAGAAGUGAUACUACAGAAACCUCUAAUAACUACAGAUGCUGUAAUGACAGGGAUUCCUCUGUUGACUCAUCAAACCUAUACAGAUGCAAGAGCGUGCACACUGGAGAAGAACCUUGCAAAUCUGAAAACUGUGAGAGAUCUUUAAAUGUAUGUUCCAGCAUUAUUCAAGGUGAAAGAUUCUACACUGCAAAUAAAGAGCACAGAGAAGAUAAAUAUGACGACUACUUCAAUUGUACAUACAAUCUCAUGCAACAAUCAAUCUACCUUGAAGAGAAACCACACAAGUGUGGGAAAUGUGGGAAAUGCUUCAGUACUUCCUCAAGGCUCAUUAAACAUCAGAGAAUUCAUACUGGAAAGAAACCAUACAAGUGUAACAUUUGUGACAAAUCCUAUAACCAGUGUGCAAAUCUUAAAAUACAUCAAAGACUUCAUACUGGGGAGAAGCCUUACAAAUGUAAAGAAUGUGGAAAGUCCUUUCGUCAAACCUCUGUACUUAAAAGCCAUCAGAAAAUGCAUACUGGAGAGAAGCCUUACAAGUGUAAGCAAUGUGACAAAGCCUUUGCCCACUCUUCCAGUUUCAGGACACAUCAGAAAAUCCAUACUUCUGAGGAACAUUGUAGUUGUCCAGAAUGUGGCAGGGAAUUUCAUCAGCUUUCACACUUUAGAAAACAUUACAGACUCCAUACUGGAGAGAAGCCUUACAAAUGCAAUGAGUGUGACAGAUCUUUUACCCACUAUGCAUCAUUAAGAUGGCAUCAGAAAACUCAUUCUCCAGAGAUCUAUUAUGAAUGCAAAGAAUGUGGUAAAUCCUUUAUUGAAUUAUCACAUCUUAAAAGGCAUUACAGAAUCCAUACUGGAGAAAAGCCUUACAAAUGUGAGGUAUGUGACAAAUCCUUUACUGUAAAUUCAACUCUUAAGACACAUCAGAAAAUUCAUACUGGAGAGAAACCUUACAAAUGUAGGGAAUGUGACAAGUCAUUUACUCAUAACUCACAUCUUAGAAGACAUCAGAGUGUUCAUACUGGAGAGAGACCUUACAGAUGUAAGGAAUGUAACAAAACUUUUACUGAGUGCUCAACUCUUAGAGAACAUCAAAAAAUACAUACUGGAGAAAAAACUUACAAAUGUGGAAAAUGUGACAAAUCUUUCACCCAGUAUUCAUAUCUCAAAAGUCAUCUCAGAGUUCAUACUGGAGAGAGACCUUAUGUAUGUAAAGAAUGUGGCAAAUCUUUUACUACAUGCUCAAUUCUUAGAACACACCAGAAAAUUCAUACUGGAGAGAAACCAUACAAAUGUAGGGUAUGUGACAAAUCUUUUACCCAGGACUCACAUCUUAGAACACAUCAGAGAGUUCAUACUGGAGAGAGACCUUAUAGUUGUAAGGAAUGUGACAAAUCUUUUACUCGCUGCUCAUAUCUUAGAGCACAUCAGAAAAUUCAUACUGGAGAGAAACCUUACAAAUGCAAAGACUGUGACAUAUCCUUUCUCCGGAUUUCUAGUCUUAGAAUACAUCAGAAAAUUCAUACUGGAGAGAAACCUUACAAAUGCAAAGACUGUAACAUAUCAUUUAACCAGAUUUCAAAUCUCAAAAGACAUCAGAAACUUCAUACUGGUGAGAAACCUUACAAAUGUAUGGAAUGUGACAAGUCCUUUACUCAUAACUCAAAUCUUAGAGCACAUCAGAGAGUUCAUACAGGAGAGAAACCUUAUAGAUGUACAGAAUGUGACAAAUCUUUUACUAGGUGCUCCUACCUUAGAGCACAUCAGAAAAUUCAUACUGGAGAGAAACCUUACAAAUGCAAAGACUGUGACAAAUCCUUUAUCCACCUUUCAAAUCUUAGAAGACAUCAGAGAAUUCAUACUGGAGAUAAAGAUACCACUGUACCAUGUGACAUAGUAUUAUCUAGGAUUAUCUUGGCUUAUAAAUCCUAACAUUAUAUGUAGUAGAAGCAUAAGGAUGAGAAACAUGUGAAAGCUUUAAAUGAAGUUUUAAAUCUUAGAAAAUAUCACAGAAUUUAAGUUGAAAUUUUGCAAAUGUUAUUGUGUGAAAAGUUCCCUUUCCCCUCCCUCCUUUGUGUGUGAGUGUAUAGGUGCUUUUGUGUUUGUAUCAUUGCACUACAUGUAUUCAUAGUGCCCAUAGAGGCUGGUAGCUGGCAAGAGAUCCCAAGAAGCUGGAGUUAAAGAGAGUUGUAUCUAUUUGUGUAUUUGAAAUUGAUCCCCACUCCUCCAAAGAGCAGCUCUUGCUUUUAUCUACUAAGAUAUCUCUGUACCCCCUGGGCAGAGUGGCAAAUGAAACAUCUUGUUUGUCAUCCAAAAAUUCACAAUGAAAUUCUUAAUUCCAUACAAGUUUGUGAACACCAUUUAAUCCCAGCAUUCAACAAAAGCAAGAAGAUAUCUGUGAAUUCAAAGUUGUCUUGUUAUAUAGAUAAUUCAAGGACAGCCAGAACUAUAUAAAUGUGUCUCAAAAAAUAAUAGUAAUGACAAAAUGUAAUAACAUUAAACAUGUGACAAAUACCUCUAAUUGUUCUGUACAUCACAAAGUUCAUAUUUCUGAGAAACCAUAUAAAGUUAUACCAUAUAUGGUCUCCAUGUCUUGCUUGUCAUUGGGAAUUACACCCCCAAAUGCACUGAAUAUGACAAAACUUUUACCCAUUGCUAAAAUUGCUGACAUGAAAGCAAAUUCAUCAUGAGAGAAAACACACACAAAAACUCUAAAAGUCUAAUCUUUCAUUCACCUUCAAAAUCUUUUUGAAGGUAAGAAACUAUAAAGAGAUAUAUAAGCUGUGCAUGUAACAUGGGCAUGCUCACAGACAAAUCAGAAAUUGGCAAGGGUUCUGGGCUUGGUGGUGCAGGCCAAUACUCCCAGCACCCUGGAGGCAGAAGUAAGUAGCUAUCUGAGUUCAAGGUUACUUGUCUCAAGAAAAAUCAGUGAGGGAGCACAGAAAUUCAUUUUGCACUACUGAAGAAAAAUUGGGAAAUAUUAAUCAAUAUUCUAAAUUAAAAUCGUAUAGCUGUCAUUAACAGCCUGACCACUCUCAAGGAGAUAAAAGAACUCGGACCCUCCAUCAACUGUUAUUAAAUGGUAAUCACCUGAUUCUUACAUAGGUGCUUGUUUUUAGAACCUUAUGAAUAGUUGUAGGUCUCCACUACCUGCUGUAAGGGGAGGCUUCUUUCACCAAGCUGGAUAGUUGUACAAACUGGAUGUGAAUAUUUAGAUGGAUAUUUAUCACUAACAAAAUUUCAAUUAGUUAUGUCCUUGGACCUACACUACCCAAGCCUUGGUUUUUGGCCAUGGUAUGACUUCCUCUCUGGGCAGGCCUUAAAUCCAGUCAGAGACAGGUUGGCUGUAGGCAUCUCAUUUGUUGGCCUUUCAGAAACCCCUCUCCUCCCCACUGCUCCACUACAUAUUUGAACCAUUCUGCACCCAAUAUCCUCACUCUCUAAUUUCGUAUCACCCAUAAUCUACUAUCCAUUCUUGCUUCCUGCAUGUCCCUUAUACUGGUCUAUUUCUAGCUUCUACAUGCAGUCUUACUUGAAUAAAUACAAACUUUGAAGCUAAGAUCUACAUAUAAAAGCAAACAUGUGGUUUGACUGUUGGAGACUGUCUUAGUCAGGGUUUCUAUUCCUGCACAAACAUCAUACCAAGAAGCAAGUUGAGGAGGAAAGUGUUUAUUCUGAUUACACUUCCACACACUGUUCAUCAUCAAAGGAAGUCAGGACUGGAACUCAAACAGGUCAGGAAGCAGGAGCUGAUGCAGAGGCCAUGGAGGGAUGUUCCUUACUGGCUUGCUUCCCCUGGCUUGCUCUGCCUGCUCUCUUAUAGAACUCAAGAAUACCAGUCCGGUGAUGGUACCACCCACAAGAUCCCCUCCCCUUGAUCACUAAUUGAGAAAAUGCUCCACAGCUGGAUCUCAUGGAGGAAAUUCCCAACUGAAGCUCCUUUCUCUGUGAUAACUCUAGCUUAUGUCAAAUUGACACACAAAACCAGCCAGUACAGGGACCAGGAGGCAGAAUUCAUAAUUUCUAGUUUUCUACUUUUACAUCCAGAUAUCACACUUUUAUUUACAACUGAGUAAUAUAUCAGGUUAUAUAUAGAUAUAUAUCACAUUUUCACUUAUCCAUUCGUUGAUGGAUAUCUGCAUUGAUUCCAGGCCUAGUGUGGUAGUUUGAAUAGGUGUGGCUCCCAGAGAUUCACGCAUUUGAAGUGUGUUACUGUGGAGGUGGGCUAUGAGGUCUCUCAGGUUCUGCCCAGUGAAGAAGAUAGUCUCCUCCAAGAAUCCAUGUCUGCCUCCAGGAUGGCAUGCCUCUUGCCAUGAGGAUAAUGGACAAAACCUCUGAAACUGUAAGCCAAGCCCAAUUAAAUGUUUACCUUUAUAAGAGUUGUGUAGGCCAUGGUGUCUCUACACAGCAAUAAAACCAUAACUAAGACAGAAGUCAUACCAGGGACAGAGGUCUUGUGAUAGGCCUGAUCAUACUCUUGUUCAGAGGAAUAUACUCUUUGGGAAUUAUAAUUAAGAAAACAGUGUAGGUAUAUCUACACUAUGGAAUACCAUUCAGCUAUUAAAAACAAAGGCAUUAUGAAUUUUGUAGGCAAAUUGAUGGAACUUGAGAAUAUCGUCUUGAUUGAAGUAAUCCAGUCCCAAAAGAACAUGCAUGGUAUGUGCUCAUAAGUGGAUAUUAGGGGAUGGAGAGAUGACUCAGUAGUUAAGAGCACUGACAGCUCUUAAUUCCCAGCAACCACAUGGUGGCUCACAACCAUCUGUAAUGGGAUCUGAUGCACUCUUCUUCUGGGUGUCUGAAGACAGCAAUAGUGUACUUUUAUAAAUAAUAAUAAAUAAGUAAUAUUUUGAAAAAAUAAGUGGAUAUUAGCCAUAAGACACAGGAUACCCAUGCUACACUCCACAGACCCCAAGAAGGUAAACAAAAAGGAAGGGAUAAGAGCAUGCUUGAAUCUCACCUAGAAGAGGAAAUAGUCAUAGCAGGCAGAUGGAGGAAGGGAAUCAGGUGGGCAAGA